AUGACAAACAUUCAUCAAGCUUCCCACUCCAAACCUGAGCAUAUUCCCAUCUCGUUUGGGUUUCUCUACUACCACUACCCAAGGAUUGGUGAUGACACUGACCUUGUGGCUCGAAACGCAGUCCUUGAGAGUGUGGAGUGCCGCUGGAGUCAAGUUGAUCAAGAAGUCUUCAUUGUUGCUGUUAUUGUCAAUCUGCUCUACAAAGACAAACCAUUCAGCAACAUUCCUCUGAUGACCUGUGCUGGGCUAAUGUCCCUCUUCAGCCACCUCUGGAAAUAUUUUUAUGGCAGGACAGCACCACCUGAGCUUUUCACAGAUCUUGAUAACUAUCUGAAAAGUUUGUCUGAAUUCCAGCCACUUGACAUAUAUACACAGAUCUCAGUAUCCCAUGCAAAUGAUCAGAAUAAAUUUUCACACCACAACUCUGAAAUCAAGCCCCUCCAGAAAAUUGCUCAACAGAUUCUCUCCAUCUAUCCAAAUUCUGCCUCAUGUGAGCAUCUUUUCAGUAUUUUUGGUGCAAUCCUCACAAAAUGGCAGAAUUGGCUUUCUACUCAAAAUCUCAUGCUGCUUGCAGAGCUGAAGAUGCACCUCCAUGAGGAACACAUUCAUACAGGGGCUGUCAGGAAGUGCCUGAAAUGGUGUUACUGCGAGAACCCAACAAUUGAGAUCAACCAGUCAGCAGAGUCAUCUUGUGUGACUGCAGAGGCCGACACAGAUGCCUUUGGCAGGCUGUGGCAAAUUGCUGCACACCUUAUACAAGCUGUCAAGGAUGAGGAGACUUUGACAACCUCUGAGAUUAUGGAGGUGGCUGCUAAUUCUUCUGACUUCCGGUGCAUCCCUAUCAAAGAUCUCUUCAAUUUCUCUUGUGCUCAAGACUGGUUGGGAUCUUUCUAUCAGACAGCCAUCUGA